CAUCCAAUUCCAAUCCAACGUGCCACAAUUGAAGGCAACGCAGCGUUUGUUUGAGCGUCAUCACCAUCAUCCCCUGCCCCCAUCUCUCUCCUUCCAUAACUUUUUCUCAGACACGCUUUCGGACACGCCGAUUUCAAUACGCCACGAGAUCUUGGAUUAAUUCGCCAGAUCUACAAAACAAAUUAUUCGUUUUUUUUUUUCCCUUUUUAUUCAUUGAUUCAUCAUUCUUUCUGGGUGUUUUCAAUCCAUUCCCUAUUCGUUGAAAUUGAUUGAUCAUCGUCUAUAUGUUUCUCCGACCAAUGUGCGGAGGAUUUAUGUGUUAGGGUUCGGUUUUCCGAUUCUAAAUCUUUGGACGGAUGGUGUUAAUCGGGAAAUAUGCGGAUUCAGAGACGAAACAGUGGGUGUGGGGUUAAUUUUUGGAAUCAACAAUUAGAUCGGGGUUUAUUGAUGGAAUCCCCGCCGCCGUCGAAGUUGCUUCCAAUUAAUGAUUCAUCGUCUCCUUUCAUGCAAUCUCCGCUUCCUACUUCAUCUGGUGUCGGUGGUUCGAGUGUCGGCGACGGCGGUUUUGGGUAUAUCGAACAUACCGUUACGAAAUUCGAUACGCUCGCCGGUGUCGCAAUUAAGUAUGGCGUUGAGGUGGCUGACAUAAAAAAGAUGAAUGGCCUAACAACUGACCUACAAAUGUUUGCCCGCAAGACUCUUCAUAUACCCCUACCCGGAAGACACCCGCCCUCUCCAAUCAUGUCAAAUGGACAAGGGCCAAAACACUCGGAAAUGACACCACCAAGACAAAGACAAAGACAUUCUGAUAUGUUGGAUUCAAUAAAAUCCUUAAAAUUAUCAUCAUCAUCAUCUUCUUCUUCACCACGAAACAUUUCACCAUCAAUGGAUGCCUUACGAGACUAUUACGGUCUUAAACCAUCCGAUCAAACCGGACCAAAUUCCCACCCGCCGCUCGGACUUCACCGGAAAUGUAAAAGCUUAGCUAACGGGAUGUCAGAGCAGGGCGGAAGCGGAAACGGAAACGGAAACGGAAACGGAAACGCCAUUCCUGGCACAAACGGAAUCCACGAUUCCGAUUCCGACACAUGGUACGAUAGAUGGAUGAGAAGACGGCGAUCGGAAAUCGACCUCCAGAAUCAAACCCCGGAAACGAUGCUUAAACCCGACACCAGCAAUUCCAACGGUGCGUUUGCGGCGGCAGGCGGCAAAGGCCUGGCACUCCGGCCAAAGGCCGCCAGUCGAACCGCUGGUGAUGCCGACGGUUUACCGAAUAUGCCUCCUUUAAAAUUGGGGGAAUCAAUGAUUACGGAGGCUUCAAAUGGAGUCAAAAAGUCUUCGAGUUCACCGAGUUUUCAUGAGAUGCAAAGCAAUGGGAACUCCACGUCCACGUCAUCAUCGAUAUGGCCCACUUCCAUGUUGAAUUUGACGGCUGACAUUCAAGCUUCUACAGCCGCCAUUGCGAGGCCUAUUUUUGAUGGGUUGCCGAAGCCGAUUAGUGGGAGGAAGAAUAAGGCGGCAAUUGAUUGAUUGAUUGAUUAGUGAGUUGUUUUGGUUUGGUUUUUGGAUAUAUAUAAAUAUAAAUAUAAAUAUAAAUAUAUAUAUAUAUUGAUUUGGUUGGUUUGGACAGAGGGAAUAGAAAAUUAGAAAUAAAAAGGAAGGAAAGAGAAAGAUUGAUGAAUUUUUUGGGGAGAAGAAGUAUAAUACAAGUACAAGAGUAGAUUAGAGAAAAUUGUAUAUUAGAUGUGUAUGGAGAUGAGAGGAGAGAAGGUUGGAAUUGGAUGGUGUUUAUAUGUUUUUAUUUGAUUACCUAACUUAUCUCAAACAUAUUAUUAUUAUUAUUAUUCUUUAUUGAAAAACUUGUACUAUUAUUUAUAUAUUUAUAUUUAUUAUUA